CGAGGGAGUGUCGUUCUGGAGCUUUGAUUUUGCUUUCGUUUCUCUCUUCCCUCGUGCCUUCGAGGGUUCACUGUUCCCAACCGGGUUCCAACCUGCUCCGGCGACCCGCGACUCGUCGGCGCAAAUCUUGAGGACGGCGGUGUCUCUGGAGCUUCAGUGGAGAAAACCCAAAAAGCGCAAGAUAAGUUGAACGAGAUAGAACUCUUGAGCCAGGCGGCUAAGUAACAGGGCUUGCACAUUGGGUGUCUCUGGUAUUUAAGUUGGCAUUUAAUACAUGGCUUCUUUCUAAAGAGAUAGUUGAUUUAAAGAGGGACAAGAGUGUGUAAAUUGAUCAGAUGUAACACUGUCUGGGCUGAGAGUGUAAAGAAAACUGAACAAGUGACCAUUCUUCACCAGAGACCUUCCAGCACAUUAAGGGAUGCCAGCCAUGGCUGCUGCAGAGGUACAGAAGACACUAGUUGAAGCCCUUACUGCACUCUACCGUAGCCCUGAUUCCAGUGUUCGCAACCAAGCUAAUCAUUGGCUGCAGGAGUUCCAACAUAGCGUACUUGCGUGGGAGGUCUCUGAUAGUUUACUUCAUGAUGCAAAUAGCAAUCUAGAAACUCUCCUUUUCUGUUCUCAGACUUUGAAAACAAAGAUCCAACGUGACUUUGAGGAGCUCCCUGCUGCUGCAUUUUGUCCUUUACGAGACUCCUUAUAUGCUUUACUUAAGCAUCUCUCAAGUGGCCCUUCAAAAGUACGAACACAGAUUUGUAUUGCAUUAGCAUCUUUGGCAGUUCAUGUUCCGAUGGAAGACUGGGGUGGUGGUGGAAUUCUUAACUGGUUAAAACAGGAGAUGAAUUCCAGUCCAGAUUACAUGCCUAGUUUCUUGGAGUUACUUGCUAUUUUACCACAGGAAGCUUUUAGCUACAAGGUUGCAGCUCGCCCAGAGAGACGACGCCAAUUUCAAAAUGAGCUUGUGAUGUCCAUUGGUGUUGCCCUUGAUCUUUUGACAUAUUGUCUGAAUGCUACCAAGUUUCAGGAGCAGGUCCUAGAAGCAUUUGCUUCUUGGUUAAGAUUGAACCAUGGAAUCUCAGCCGCUACUCUUGCUUCACACCCGCUUGUUGUUGCUGCUUUAUCUAGUCUGAGGUUCAACUCCUUGCCUGAUGCUGCUGUAAAUGUAAUUUGUGAACUGAUACGCUACACAGUAUCUGAGAGUCCUGGUGGUCUGUCUGCUCAAAUGCCUUUGAUUCAAGUACUUGUGCCUCAUGUAAUGGGUUUGAGAGACCAAUUUAAAGAUCCAUCUAAGGACGAGGAUGAUGUGAAGGCCAUGGCUCGUUUGUUUUCUGACAUGGGGGAUUCUUAUGUGGACAUGAUUGCAACUGGAUCUGAUGAAUCAAUGAUGAUAGUACAAGCAUUACUUGAAGUCGCUGCCCAUCCAGAUUAUGACAUUGCUUCAAUGACAUUUAAUUUCUGGCACAGUCUUCAAGUUAGCUUGACUGAGUGGGAGUCAUACUCAUCAUUGGGAACUGAAAAUGCCAUUAGAGCUGAGAGAGACCGGAGGAUUGCAAUGUUUAGACCAACCUUUGAGACAUUAAUAUCUUUGGUUGCGUUCAGGGUUCAGUAUCCACAGGAUUAUGAGGAUCUUUCAAAAGAGGAUAGAAGGGACUUUAGACAGACUAGAUAUGCUGUUGGAGAUAUUAUAAUUGAUGCUGCAUCAGUUUUGGGUGGUGAUGCUGUUGUGAAGAUCCUUUUCAUGAACUUUGUCAAGUCUGUCGGCAAUUGUGAAGCUAAUGACUGGAAUUGGCGUAGCUCAGAGGCAGCACUAUAUUGUAUCCGUUCUGUUGCCAAUGCUGUUCCGUCCCAUGAAGUUGAAGUAAUGCUGCAAGUUUUUGCUAUUCUUCCUAAACUACCACAUCAACCCCAGUUGCUUCAAACAACUUGUUUGACUAUUGGAGCAUAUUCAACUUGGUUGAAUGCUUCUUCAGCUGCAUUACCUUUUCUGCCAUCAAUAAUUGACAUUCUGACUAGAGGCAUGAGUGCAUCUGAAGAUUCUGCAGCCGCUGCAUGUAUGGCAUUUCGCCAUGUUUGUGAUGCUUGCAGGACAAAACUUUGUGGUUCUCUUGAUGGGCUUUUUCAUAUCUAUCACAGAGCUGUUAGUGGAGAAGGAGGCUACAGAGUAUGCGCGGAGGACUCACUGCAACUGGUCGAAGCUCUAAGUGUGGUUAUAACUGAACUUUCAUCUGAUCAAGCUAAGAAGGCUCUUGAGGCGUUGUGCUUGCAGGCAGUGAAUCCUUUACAGGUUUCCUCUGUUUCAGCACCAGUUCUUUUUUCUUCAACAUUAUGUGCUACUAAUAUGCAUACUAAUUUGCAGGAAAUCAUCAAUCAAGGUGUUGAACCAGUCAAGCAAUUGAAUCCAACUAAGUUUACUGUUCACAUAGAUCGUUUAGCAAAUAUUUUCAGAUAUGUAAAUCAUCCUGAAGCUGUGGGAGAUGCAUUUGAGAGAAUAUGGCCAUUAUUUAAAGCUAUCUUUGAUUAUCGUGCAUGGGAUAUGAGGACAAUGGAAGCAUUAUGCCGAGCUUGCAAAUAUGCGGUAAGGACUUCUGGGCAGUUUAUUGUGGUCACAAUUGGAGAUAUGUUGAGUGUGGUUCAAGAACAGUACCAAUUGCAUCAUCAGCCAUGCUUCCUUUAUCUCUCUAGUGAAGUCAUUAAGAUAUUUGGAUCUGAGCCAUCUUGUGCCAACUAUCUUGGAUGCUUAAUUGAGUCCCUCUUUCGCCAUACAACACAUCUAUUGACAAAAAUUGAGGAGUUUACUGCAAGACCUGACAUAGCAGAUGACUGUUUUUUAUUGGCUUCAAGAUGUAUCCGAUACUGUCCUCACAUAUUUGUACCAUCAUCAAUUUUCUCAUCCCUGGUUGACUGUUCAAUAGUGGGGAUCACUGUGCAACACAGGGAAGCCUGCAACUCGAUCUUGACUUUCAUGUCUGAUGUGCUUGAUCUUGCAAGUUCUGUAAAUGGACAGGACUAUCGAGCUAUGAUAGACAGUGUAGUUCUUCCUAGAGGGUCCAUCGUUACUAGAAUCCUGGUGGCCUCAAUUACUGGGGCACUUCCAACGUCUCGGCUUGAAGAGGUAUCAUAUGUUCUACGCUCCCUAACAAGGGCCUAUGGUCUGAGGGCGUGCGAGUGGGCAAAAGAAGCUAUUUUACUCAUCCCAUCAACAGCCGUUACUGAGUCAGAAAGUUCCAGAUUUCUUAAUGCAUUGUCUAAGUUGGCGUCAGAAGCCGAUAGUUCUGCUCUCUUCGGCCCACUCGAAGAACUGUCUGAUGUUUGUCGACGCAACAGGGCAGUGCAGGAGAGUGUGCAGGGAGCUCUGAAACCACAUCAGUUGAAUUUUGUUCGUGUAUCAUAGUGAGGGGCUUCAUAGCGGUGCGUUCUCGUGAUGGUGUAUUCCAGAGAUCGGUUUGGGCUCUCGACAGUUGUACAUAGUGAAGAGUGGAGAAAUUGCAUUUUUUGCGUGCAAUACUGCUUGAGAUUUACCCUUACGAUUAUCGUUCAAUCUGCCAAACCAGUUUACUGAAGGAAUGCUGGGAAAGAAGAGAUAUACAAGGAAAAAAAAAACAUGAACGCUUUGUGAAUUUCUAGUUUUGUUUGAAAACUCGCGAGUUAAAUGUCGUUUUCACCUGCAGUUGCGGUGCCAUGUAAAACGUUGGAUUUAUUUAUUUAUUUGUUAAAUGUAUUAUUUUUGUCAUGUUGUUACAGUAGACGGAUUGGGUUUUCGCGUCGAUGGAUACUUUUUAAUCUUCUUUC